AUGGGCGUGCUCUUCAUUGAUGCCGUCCUCGAGCUGGCCUUCAUCACCAGCAUGGUGGCAUGGCUACACAACACUGCCAGCGGCACGUUUGCUGUCAACUUCAACGGCUCGACUUUCGAUCUCUAUGGCAUACCGAAACAUUUCUUGGUCGACCAAGGGCACUCCAGCAACGGCGCGGCAGGAACAGCAAUCGUCCUCAUCUGCAUAGGGGGCUCCCUCGUUCUUUUCCUCAGAAGCCGGCCCAACAUUCUCGGAGCCAAAGCCACGUCCUUCUUCUACGGUGCCUGGCUUGUCAUUCUCGUCCUGGGACUCAUGCUCACCAUUGGGUCCCUCGGCUAUGUCUUUUCUGUUACGAAUGCGCAUAAAGGACAGACUAUCGAUCUCGACAUCGCUUCGACAACCGGCAACCACAAGUAUGCUCCCGACUCGUGGACGCCUCAAAACUGGUUCCCAGCCAUGCUGAAGCUCGACCUGGCGGAUGAAAGCCAACGAAACGAUAUUGCCAACCAUCUGCGAGUCAUGAGGGGAUGGCAAUACAACUUGAUUCCGCUAUUCUUGGUUCAACUUACGACCACCGUUCUUGCUAUCUUGGAGUUUUUGGAGAGGCGGAAGAUGCAACCUUCUUCUGGGGAGUACGACAGCGUGAAGCGGACUAGCGGAGAGCAGAAAAUCGUUGCAACUGCUACUCCUUAA